AAACAAAAACAGAAAAAUAAGAACAAGAAAAUGAAGAAGAAGAAGAUGAUGAUGAUGAUUGGUUCAGUUGGAAGAAGAAAAGCAAGUUGGAUUUGCUCCAACUUGUUCGGAACAAGAAGGGCCUUCAGCUUCGGCGUUCUUCCCGAUGCCGUUGAUCGCAACUCCGAUGUCUUCGCCGCUAACUCAACCGCCAUGCAAGACUUGAUCUCCGAGCUCCAAUCUCACGUCCAAAGGGUAGUUGCCGGUGGAGGACCAGAAGCUGUGAAGAGGAACAGGAGCAGGAACAAGCUUCUCCCCAGAGAGAGAAUCGAUCGCGUCCUUGAUCCUGGUUCUUCAUUCCUUGAGCUCUCACAGCUUGCAGGACAUGACUUGUAUGGAGAACCCUUGCCUUCUGCUGGGAUUGUUACUGGGAUAGGUCCGGUUCAUGGGCGACUUUGUAUGUUUGUGGCCAAUGACCCAACUGUUAAGGGAGGGACCUAUUAUCCUAUCACUGUCAAGAAACAUCUCAGGGCGCAGGAGAUUGCUGCACAAUGCAAAUUGCCCUGCAUAUACCUUGUUGAUAGUGGAGGAGCUUUCCUUCCGAAGCAGGCUGAUGUCUUUCCGGACAAAGAAAACUUCGGUAGAAUAUUUUAUAAUCAAGCUGUUAUGUCUUCAGAAGGCAUUCCGCAAAUUGCACUGGUCUUAGGCUCUUGCACUGCUGGUGGUGCCUAUAUACCUGCCAUGGCCGAUGAAAGUGUGAUGGUCAAGGGCAAUGGCACCAUCUUUUUAGCAGGGCCUCCUCUUGUAAAGGCUGCAACUGGAGAGGAAGUCUCUGCCGAGGAUUUGGGUGGUGCUGCCAUGCACUGCAAGACAUCAGGUGUUUCAGACUAUUUUGCUCAAGAUGAACUGCAUGGACUUGCUCUUGGGAGGAAUAUUAUAAAGAAUCUGCAUAUGGCUGGUAAAGAUGUUUUGCAAAAUGGAUUGAAAAACAUAAACUAUGAAUAUAAAGAGCCGUUAUAUGAUGCCAAUGAACUUCGUUCUAUUGCUCCCACUGAUCUUAAGCAACAGUUUGAUAUCCGAUCGGUUAUUGCUCACAUUGUUGAUGGAAGUGAAUUUGAUGAAUUCAAGAAAUUGUAUGGCAGUACUCUUGUAACAGGUUUUGCUCGGAUUUUUAGACAACCUGUUGGAAUUAUUGGAAACAAUGGGAUUUUAUUCAAUGAAUCUGCUCUGAAAGGGGCCCAUUUCAUUGAAAUAUGCACUCAACGUAAUAUUCCCUUGGUCUUCCUUCAAAACAUUACUGGAUUCAUGGUUGGGUCAAGAUCCGAGGCAGGUGGCAUAGCAAAGUCCGGUGCAAAAAUGGUGAUGGCUGUUUCUUGUGCAAAGGUACCUAAAAUAACUAUAAUCAUUGGUGGAAGCUUUGGUGCUGGGAAUUAUGCAAUGUGUGGCCGUGCCUAUAAUCCCAAUUUCAUGUUCCUUUGGCCAAAUGCCAGGAUAUCUGUGAUGGGUGGUGCUCAGGCUGCUGGUGUGCUGGCGCAAAUAGAGAAAGCCAAUAAGAAAAAACAAGGAAUUCAGUGGAACAAGGAAGAGGAGGAAAAGUUUAAAGCAAAGGUUGUGGAGGCUUAUGAGAGAGAAGGGUGUCCUUAUUACUCAACAGCUAGGCUUUGGGAUGAUGGAAUCAUUGAUCCAGCUGAUACAAGGAAAGUAAUUGGUCUAUGCAUCUCAGCGUCACUCAACCGUGCCACUCAAGAUACCAAAUAUGGUGUAUUUAGAAUGUGAUUAUUCGAAAAAUAUAAGUUGCUGCAGGUGCAGCCUUGACAAUGAUGUAUCACUCUUCUACAACAAUAAAUUUAAGUGGAAAUGAAAAGUAAAUUUCUUUUCUCA